AUUGCAUGCCAGAGGAGGGAGUGAAGCUGACGCCGCGGGGCCAGCUGCUCUCCACCUCAGAGGUGCUGACCCUGGCUCGGCUCUUUGUCCAAGAGGGAGUGGAUAAAAUCCGCCUCACUGGCGGGGAGCCUCUCAUCAGACCUGAUGUUCUGGACAUCAUUGCUGAACUGAAGAAGCUGGAGGGCCUGAAAACUAUUGCAGUUACAACCAACGGCAUUAACCUAGCCAGACUUUUGCCGAAGCUGAGAGAAGCCGGUCUGGACCUGAUUAAUAUCAGCCUCGACUCUUUGGUUCCUGCAAAAUUUGAGUUUAUAGUCAGAAGAAAAGGUUUUCAUAAAGUCAUGGAGAGCAUCGAUAAAGCAGUUGAACUGGGGUACAAUCCGGUCAAGAUCAACUGUGUGGUGAUGAGAGGCCUGAACGAGGAUGAGCUGUUAGAUUUUGUGCAACUUACAGAGAAGAAGCCUCUGGAGGUGCGCUUCAUCGAAUAUAUGCCCUUUGAUGGAAACAAGUGGAACUUUAAGAAGAUGGUGAGUUACCAGGAGAUGCUGGAUCAGAUCAGGCAGCACUGGCCCAACCUGGAAAGGCUUCAGUCUGGACCUGCUGACACUGCCAAGACCUUUCAGGUUCCAGGGUUCAAAGGUCAGCUGGGCUUCAUCACCUCCAUGUCCGACCAUUUCUGCGGCUCUUGUAACCGUCUGCGGAUCACUGCUGAUGGAAACCUCAAGGUGUGUUUGUUUGGUAACUCUGAAGUUUCCCUCAGAGACGUUCUCCGUUCAGGAGCACCUGAUGACGAGCUGCUGCAAAUUAUUGGCGCCGCUGUGGGCAGGAAGAAGAAACAACAUGCAGGAAUGUUCAACAUCUCUCAGAUGAAGAACAGACCGAUGAUCCUCAUUGAAAAUUCUGAGACAUUUCUGCCAAGGCUACACAACCGACUGGAGGCUUCAUUCAUCAUUAGUGAGCAAAAAAGUGUCCUGUUCUCUAAUCUGAAUCAUUCUCCUGAUGAGCCUUGUUCAGCAACCAAAGAGGAGUUUCUGUGCCUUCCAGGCUGCACUAAUUCAACACAAACAGCCUUUAGUUGCUGCUUAAAGACCUCAGUGAGUGGCGGUCCACUUCAGACUCAUAUUAGCAGAAAAAAGUGUGUGGCGCCGCUCCACUCAUCAAACUUUGAUUAUGAUCUAAUUUUCACCAGCUGUCACACUAAGACUGCAAGUUUCCAGAAACGCACAAAUAAGAGCUUCAUAAAUGAAGGCCGACUCAGGUACUCACAAUCCAGUGUUCCUCAGAACCCGAGGAGCCGGUUCCUUUCUGCUUUUUGCACAAUAAAUCCCAAACAGAGUCAGAAAAAUCCCAGUGUCAGGUUACUUCACAGUCAGAGUUCUGAUGUCCCAUCAGCCUCUGACAGCCCCGUUAAGGUUAAAGCCCAGCUGACACACACAGACGCCCAGGGCAGAGCCACCAUGGUGGACAUCAGGGAGAAACGUCCCACACAGCGAACGGCCACAGCCAGCGCCACCGUCGUCCUGGGAACCGUAGCUUUCCGCCUUCUCCAGGACAACCAGCUGGCAAAAGGUGACGCCUUAACUGUGGCUCAGCUGGCCGGCAUCAUGGCAUCCAAGCAGACUGCCGCCCUCAUCCCGCUCUGCCACCCGCUACCACUAGACCACGCCUCCCUCAGCUUCCAGCUAGACGAGCCGCACUGCUCCGUUAUCAUCACUGCGACCUGUCGCACUACAGGAAGGACAGGGGUGGAGAUGGAGGCACUGACAGCCGCCUCGGUGGCGGCGCUCACGGUCUAUGACAUGUGCAAGGCUGUGAGCCAUGACAUCGUCAUCACGGAUGUGAAACUGCUCAGCAAGACGGGCGGAAAGAGAGACUAUCACCGUCAUGGAUCAGAGAAGAACGACCUCUCCUGUAAACCACAUGUUUGCCAUUAAUCAGGCUUCCUGAAUGUUUUUCAUGACAAAAUCCCAAACUUCUCCACAAUAAGAUGAUUUUUCUGUAUUUGUUUCCAAAGCAUUAAAGGUAUAGAGGACAAUCUUUUGGAUCAUCUAAAUAAGUGAUCGUUCUAAUUGUUAAUCAUUGGUAUAUGUGUGCUGAGCUACGGUUUCAGACAGUCAUUGAAGCUCAUCAUUACUCACCGCGGUUGUUUGAAAAUGGCAGAGGGUCUUAAGAGAAAAAGGGUCUACGAA